GCACCCAUGGAUGACUGCCAACUACCGUGUUCCACUGACUUUAUUAUUGGCGGAAAAUGGCGAUUAGUUCGCAAGAUUGGUAGUGGUGCUUUCGGUGCAAUUUUUCUCGGGGUUAAUAUCAAGACCUCAGAAGAAGUUGCAGUCAAGUUAGAACGCGUCAAUGCCAGGCAUCCACAGCUCUAUUUUGAGAGCCGUGUAUAUAAAGUAUUACAGGUAACUGAACUGCCAAGCUGUAUGAAAAAUGACUUCUUUCAGGGCACCUCAGGAAUACCUCACAUUUACUACUACGGCCUAGAUGGUGUUCGUGAUAUGUAUCAUGCCCUCAUAAUGGACCUUCUUGGACCAAGUCUAGAGGACUUGUUUAGCUUUUGCGGUCGCCGAUUUACCAUGAAGACCGUUCUCAUGUUAGCUGACCAAAUGUUGUGGCGCUUGGAUUUCUUGCAUACCAAAAACUUCAUUCACCGGGAUAUAAAACCAGACAAUUUCCUAAUGGGGAUUGGGAGAAACUGUAACAAAGUCUUUUUGUGCGACUUCGGUCUGGCGAAGAAAUUUCGAGAUUCCCGUUCACAUCGGCAUAUCGCUUACCGUGAGGACAAGGCACUGAUUGGCACGGCUCGCUAUGCUAGCAUAAAUUCACAUGCUGGUAUCGAACAAUCCAGACGGGACGAUCUUGAAUCGUUGGGCUACGUCCUGAUGUAUUUUCUCCGUGGAACUCUUCCUUGGCAGGGUUUAAAGGCAGCCACAAAGGCGCAGAAAUAUGAGCAAAUCUACGAGAAGAAGGUCAGUGUCCCAACGGAUGUUCUUUGUCGAGGGUAUCCUGCCGAAUUCUCAAUCUAUAUGAACCACUGCCGAAGCCUUCGUUUUGAGGAGACCCCAAACUAUGGAUUUCUCCGAAGUAAUUUCCGAAACCUUUUCCGGACCUUGUCCUUCGUCUGGGAUUACGUGUUUGAUUGGACUUUGUUACGUCAAAAAGGAUCCACGGUACAUCAACAAUGCCAGGGCGCCAGUCUUCUUAAUCGGGAUCCACCGGCUGGAGCAACUGCUGGGGCCUCUGCUGGAGCCACAGCUGGUGCAAACGUGUUCGUUCCUGUCGGUGACAACCCCACUGAGCUGAAAAAUUUAGCAGGUCGUCUGCCUACGGAUCCCAUCCAACCUGUAUCCAAAUAGUCUUUCCUAGUGAGGUGGAUGCACAUACGAAGAACCAAAAAUGACGCACACCAAGUGAUACUUUCGUUCUUAUCUCUUUCACAUCAUUCACUUAUGUGGACACAGGUUUCUGAAGUUCCACUUUGGGACCAUGUGUUGACUUUGUGUAGCAGCCUCGAACGUGUGCUGCUUCUAAUCAGUAUUGGCGUAUAGUUCACUCCCAUCCGCCUUGUCCUCCUCUAUUUAAGCAUGCACACGCACAUUCACAACAUGAAAACACAAAUGCAGCUUGCCUAUUUCACGCACAUUCCUGCCAAACGCAUAGCAGUCACAUGCCGCAGCUUUAGAGGAGUUGUUGCAGGUCCUGGCUCCCUGUUUGUGGAUGCGCUAUGACCACCUGAGUAUCUAGUCACUAACGAUUUUGAUAGGUGAUUGGCAUAUUAUUUCUUCAAAAAUGAGUUUUCUUAGAUUCUUCAUGUAUUUUUCUGACUUUAGAACAACUGCUUCCUAUAACCUAUCUAACGAUCUCUGAUCAUCAGCAGAUUCCCUCUGUCUUGGCAACUCACGUCCAGGCGACUGCAUCAUAUUCUGCAAUGUGUGUGCGGUCUUUAGGAAAUCAUCUCCAUGUCGUUCAUGUUUGUGUGCUAACAGCAACAUUUGUGAUGGCUAACAAAGCGGAAUCCACACUAUCGAUGUGUGAGAUCGUAUAAUCAAAUGUUGACCACUUUGUACACAUCUUCGCCUUGAUAGUGUUAUUUUCACUCCGUUUUUCUAUGAGUACGCAAGACGUCUCAUUCGGUUUUAUUUUUUUUAUCUGUAAUUUUUUCUUCAUUUUAUCGUUGUCUAUUGCUUUUGGCUCUUUAUUCGUUGUCCGUUUCUGCACUGUUGCUUUUGCCCGUCAAUUGUCCGGUCGCACUGGGCGCGCGAUCUGCCUUCGCUUCCUGUAUCUGUUUUCUCCAUGGGAGGAUAUCAUUAUCAUUCGUGUCGUCCGCGAGCCCAUCGGUCUUCCUGGUUUUCCCCACUUCAGUUUGUUCUUUAUUUUUGAAUCUGGGGUAUAUCCUGUAUAUUUAGGCGCCACCAUCGUCGUCCAUACGCUCCAGUAUCCUCAUCGCCCAGUCUAAAUUUGAUGAUCUGCUUUCCGACCGAAUCAAGAAGCACAUAGCGUUCGGUCACGGACAGCCAGGGCUGUAUCGCUGGUGUUCGCUGUCCUUAAAAUUCACUCUUGGAUCAACCUUUAUUGAGAGUUGUGUCCAAGGUGUUUAUUUUCUGCGCGUCUGUAAUGGCUCAUCCGCCCUAUUCAAUCCAUCAAGCUGUUCUGCAGCACGAAUACACAGCCCC